AUUGAAUCUGUUUGGAGCAACAUGAAAACUUUUAUUUUGUUAGCAGCUCUCCUCUUUGCCGCAGAAGCAGCACCGCAGAGAAAGUCAUUAACGCUCUCGGUUCACGCCAAGAGAAUUGUUAAUGGAGUAGACGCAGUAAAAGGCUCUUGGCCAUGGCAAGUAUCCGUUCAAGCUUGCACCGCCGGAUUUUGCACUCACAACUGUGGUGGAUCCAUAAUAAAUGCUGAAUGGGUUCUAACGGCCGCUCAUUGUAUUACGAAUCCUGAUCCUGAAGCUCAUCGUUUGGUUUUUGGACUUCAUGAUAGAAGUGACGAAUCCGAGUCCUUAAUCCGAAAACCAACUGUAAUUAGACCACACGAAGAUUUCAUUAACGAUGGAUUUUUAGCCUUUCCAAAUGACGUUGGCGUCUUGAAAGUAGAUAGCCCACUCGACUUGGCUCGUCCCAAUAUAUCUCCAGCAAAGCUCGUAUCAGCCGACGUAGGGCCAUUGGAUGGAACCGAAUGUACAAUUACCGGCUGGGGUAGACUAUACGGCGGUGGACCAAUCCCGGAAAUACUUCAACAAGCCACAACCAGAGUCCUUUCAAAUGACGAUUGCAUAUCCCAAGGAAUUGGUCAAGCGCAGUAUCAAUAUCAUAUUUGUGUGAAUGAUGACGAUGGUUCAAACGGAUCUUGCAACGGAGAUUCCGGAGGUCCACUCAACUGUCCCGUAGGAAAUGAUCAACAGGUUGCAGGUGUAGCAUCAUUUGUUGUGACAGGAUGUUCGGUAACCGCUCCGGCCGGAUACGCAAGAGUCUCAGAAUAUAUUAGCUGGAUUGAAGAAAACACGCAAUAA